GACAACAUGAAACCCUCCUCCUCCGUCGUCUCCAAAUUUCCUCGGAGGAGGACAAACCUUCAGAGAGGAGAGAGGGAGGACAGAGAGAAGCACCGAGAGGAGAAAGAAGACACAAAAUCAAUCGUUGCAGUCAUGUUGGACACGCUCACCUUCCUCCUGGAGAAGCUCUUCCUCCUCGCCCACAUCAAGCUGUCCAGCCUGCUGCCUCUUCUGGGCAGAGAGCGCGGAGACCCGCCGGUCACCAGGCGCUGUGAGCGGGAGGAGGCUCCCGCACAGCCCGCCGCAGCUCCGCAGAAGUUCCAGCGGGGAGACCUGCUGGAGGUCCCGCGGACUCUCUUCACCCACUUCGGCAUCUACCUGGGCGACAACCGGGUGGCGCACCUCAUCCCGGACAUCCUGCCGGUGCUGACCGCAGACAGCAAGCAGAUCCAGGAGAUGGUGACCAACAGUCGGCUGCUGCUCGGUGUGCUCUCCAAGCGCGCCAGCAUCCGGGUGGACUCGGUGGAGGACUUCGCGUACGGCGCCGGGAUCCUGCUCAACGCCAUGGACCGGGCGGUGCACCGGAGCCCGCUGACCGGAGAGGAGGUGGCCCGGCGGGCGGAGCGGCUGGUCGGCUCCGUGUCCUACAGUCUGCUGUGGAACAACUGCGAGCACUUCGUCACCUACUGCCGCUACGGCACCGCGCAGAGCCUGCAGACCGACCAGUUCUGCGAGUGGCUGAAGUCUCUGAUCCGGGACCAGAGGAACGUUCUCCUGACGGCGCUGCUGGGCCUGAUGUCCAUGGUGUGUUUGGGAAUAUCCUCCAGCACCGCCCUGCCCACCCUCCUCAUCCCCUUCACUCUGUGGAUGGCCGGCUAGAAGCUUCACCGCUGGUUCAGUACAGGCUGAGCCGCCAUGUUGGAAGACUGACAGGAAGGAAGUAGUUUUUGCUUUCAGAAGUAAAAGUCUGUCGUACUAAAUUUCAUUACGGGAUUAGAUUAGUUUCAUAACCAUUGAACAAAAUCUCCAAAGAAUCAAACAAACGAAAAUGAAUUUGAAAGUGACUAAAAAUAAUUUGAAACCACAAAAUUACAAAACUGACAUUUGAAUUUCACUCUUAGUGUCACUUUUUACAGUUUUGUUGCUAAAUGUUUCAGACACAAAGCUAAAGCUAACUUUAGCUCCAGCUAACAUUAACAAUAUUUAAACCCAAGUUAGCCCCUCAGCAGCGCUAGCUAAAAGAGACUUUAGCUGUAGCUCUCUUGUGGCUAAUUAAGGCCAAAACAAAUGUGUGGUUAAUGUUAUCAGUAUAUUAAAUUACUGUUAUUAUCAUUAAAUGUUAUGAAAUUAUUAUUAUCGUUAACCAUAUACAUAUUUUACUGACUAAUGUAUGUCUAUGGUUAUUUCUAUCCAUCCUCCUUUUUCUUUACCGUUUAUCCACUAGAGGGUCACAGCGAGCAGGAGCUGACAUAUAUAGUAUAAUAGUACAUAUAAUAUAGAGAGACAGACAAACAUUCACACCUUUAUAGUUUUUGUAAGGCGACAGUGUUAACUACUGCACCACCAUGUCGCCCCAACGGUUAUUUCUAAUUACUUAUAAUAACCUCAGAAAAAUGAACACAUGAGAGCUGAAAUGAAAGAUUCAGCAACAAAACUGAAACUUAGUGACAACAAAAGAGAAAUCCUGAUCAGGAAACGCAGCACUCUUGUACAGUUUCAUUAUAAGUUUAACUCUUGAGGUAAUUUUUUGUUUUUUUUAAUUAUUUUUAGUCACUUUGAAUUUAAUUUUCUUCUUUGAUUCUUGGGAGAUUCUGUUCAGAUUGAAUUCAUUGGCUGCUCUACAGGAAGUGAUUCAUGUUACAUUUCCUGCUUGUUUAAAAUAAACAGAAGAAGAACAGUUAGCAUUAGCAGCAUUAGCAACCAGGACAAGAACAAGGUCAAUAACUAGGACCGCCCACUCUGUUUGAUUGACAGGUGUUUUUUUUUUGAAGUGAUGAAUGUUUAGCAUUUCAAAAAAUUAACAUUUGUAGUUUUAAACGGACCAAAGAUCAUUUAAUUAUUACAGACUUUUACUGAAAAGCAAACAAUAAUCUUAACUCAAGGUCUACUUACUAGCUUCUGGAGCUUUCAGCUGCAUCUCCACACUCAACAAUAUUCCUGUUUUCAUGCCGCUCUGUUUUGAAAUUCUCCAUCGACUUCCUCUGAACAGUAUAAACUCUGCGGCGGCCAUCUUGCCUGUACGUAUCCAGACUGUGUCCGUGUCGAUCCCUCGGCCCCCGCCGGGUGAAGCGCUUCUGUAAAUAUCUGUAGAUAUCCUUCACGAUCUGAUUGUUGUCUAACAGUCACAAACUUUUGUACAGAAUUUAUUUUUUAUG